AUGCAAACGAAUGGCCUCGUUGCCUCGUCACCCAUCAAAGUUGGCACCCCUUCCUCCUGUCUAACCUUUCUCUUCUUCCAAGCUAAUCAACAAUAUCGAAGUGAGAGGCAUCACUCUUCAUUCUUCCUUCGAGUCUCCUUCGCUUUUGACUCAAUCAACAACGUCGACGGCUUCAUCGACUUGUUCACGCUCCUUUUUGUCGUUUCCACUUCACGCUCUUUCCUUGUCUUCAUCACAGCAGCAUCUCACCCCCGAGUCAUUCGCGCCAUCUAUGCUGCAAUCAUGAAGCUGCUCAACACCAUCGCCGCCUCCCUCGUCGCCUUUGGCCAGCGCGCCGCUGCCCAGGGCUUCCUCGGAAACUGCACUUGGCGCGGAGCCAACUUGACUGGUUCCUGGCUCGGCAUGUACUGUCUUGACGACAAUCUCGCCAUCUUUGAGAACAAGUGGACCUGGCACGAUCUUAACCUCUGCGUCGCCAACAACAACGGCGAGCUCUACCCCUACGCUGAUGGCAGCUACCAGGGCUCCUGCCGCGACUGCGGCCUCGAGGCCACCAGCCACCUCUGGAUGAACCUCACCUGCAACUGCUUCGACAUGGGCGGUAAUCUCAAGCCCUCCAAGUACAACCUCAACCAGAUCUUGUACAAUCACAAUGGUUCCCUGGGCUGCUUUGACCAUUUGGGCAACAAGUCCGCCUGCGGCCCCAUGUGCGAUGAGGGCUAUCGCCAGCCGGCCUACACCACCCCGUUGCCUUCCAACGCCAAGCGUACCGACGACGCCGUGUCCAUGCCUACGCACCUCGACUUUUCGGCUUGA